CACAAAGAUCCGACGGAAAGGUCACGUCGGGUGCGGCCUUGGGUCGCUCAACGUAGUGCUGGCAAGCACGUGAUCCCCCUUGAAAUUUCUACUAUCGUAAAGGAAACGGUGUGUGCUUUUCGCGUGUCAUGCAAUGUUUCAGCAAAAAGUGCUUUCUUCCCAGAAAGCUAGAAGCCAGUGAGAAUGUCGAGUGUGCAGAAGUAAUCACUGUUAUAAAAUAACAACGGUACGAUAAUUCUUCAAGGAUCUUGAGCCUAUUGGGGUUUGUUGUUUAGUUCUUAUGGUGUGGAUCACAUGUGAAAUAAGGAACAGAUUUAGUGAUUCUGCGUCGUCGUGUAUUGGAAAAGCGAGAGCAACGCGAAGCAGCUGCAUGAUAUAGUAGGUGUUAUUCACCCCCCAACCUCCCUGCAGUAGUAAAAUAUAUCUGCUGCAGCUACUAUAUGUAAAGUUUACUGACUGUGUUAUCCGUUUUUUUUUUCUGCGUAUACGGUGUGCUCGUCUCUGACAUGGUGAUAGUGGGCAGUGCUGUUGUGUGUGAUGGAUACUGUGGUGAUGUAGUGACCAACGGAUAUGACUUGUUACACUGUGGUGACUAAGCGUUCUCGACGUCGCCGUCAAAACAGCUGCGGCUGCUGCAAGCAAGAACGGCACCAACGGACACAAUUGAUAGUAAAGAUUGUCGCAGCUGCUGCAGGGCAACAGGGCCGCCAGCGGCCAUGUCGCGCCGGGCAGCAAGCGAUCAUACGGCCGACGUCAUGACAGCCCGUUUUUGGACACUAUUUUUUAUUUAUCGGCUGUCAGCACCCUACAAUAUACUUCACAGAAUAUUAAUAAUAGCUCUAUGCGCAACAUUGUCUCAAGGUUAUCCUGGCGAUUCGAGUUAUGGUGGAAGCGUAGAAUCGAAUCAGCAAGCGCCACGGUUCCUUUCGGAGCCGGCGUCCCGAAUUCACUUCGUUAACACGGCGGGUGUUCUUAUUCACUGCGGCCAGGUGGCAGGCAUUCCAUCGCCGACGGUUCAGUGGGUGACAGCUGGGGACGGACAGCCCGUGACUACCGUACACAACCUACGUACGACGUUCCCGAACGGAACACUCUACCUGCAGUCGUUCCAGGCAAAUCGUUAUCGGCAGGACGUGCAUGCAACAACAUAUCGCUGUGUCGCGACAAACUCCGUUGGAACAACAGGCUCGAGGGAUGUCCGUGUAAGAGCUGUUGUUGCGCAACGGUAUGAAGUACAAGUUUAUGACGAAUUCGUCAUCAGCGGUAACACGGCAGUGCUGCGAUGUCACAUCCCGAGCUACGUUCGAGAUUAUGUAGCUGUGGUUACGUGGGAACGCGAAGAUGGGGUCACUAUUACCUCUAAUGUCGCCGUUGGAGGUCGCUAUAGCGUUUUGGCCCACGGCGAAUUGCACAUCAGGCAGGCAACAAUAGCGGACGGCUUCAAAAGCUAUCGCUGUAGGACGCGCCAUGCGCUCAGCGGCGAGACCCAGUUAAGUGCAACAGCCGGCAGGCUGAUCAUCACCGACGCUCAGGGCGCGCAUCCACCGAGGCUGUCGGACACAUUGGCACAAGUACGAACAGACGAGGGCUCUGCCGCGGAACUAACUUGUGUCGCACAAGGGUUCCCCACACCGACAUAUAGAUGGUUUCGCAAAGAUAACUUCCGGCCAGCCACAGAGGCUAGGGGCGUUAUACAGGCGGACGGAUCGCUUUACUUUGUUAAGACGAAAAUCCAAGAUAGUGGAAUGUACGUUUGUGUCGUGAACAAUUCGGCCGGAGAACAAAUUCUCGAGAGCACUCUCACCGUUACAGCCCCACUAUCAGUACACAUAACUCCAGAACGAGUCCAGGUAGAGACCGGUCGAACUGCUACGCUAACGUGUAACGUUUCUGGGUGGCCAGUGGAUUCGAUCACGUGGUUGAGGGAUCAGCGGCCCCUGCAUCCGCUCCAGGGACUGGAGACCUCAAGUUCGUCCUCUAAGUAUCAGCUGAUCUCACCGCACGUACUACAUAUUCCAUCGCUGACUCGAAAUGAACGUGGCGUUUACCAGUGCUACGCUAGAAACCAGCAGGACUCAGCGCAGGCCACUAGCGAAAUUGUCCUAGGAGAAAUUCCACCAAUGAUUACCGACGCGUUCAAGGAGCGUACAAUCGAGCCUGGCUCGGGUAGCUUGAGUCUGCACUGUAUCGCUUUGGGAACGCCUCUGCCCCAGGUUACCUGGACCCUCGACGGUCUACCCGUACAGGAUAAUGAGCGCGUUCGCGCAGGGGAUUACGUUCGAAGAGGAGGUGACGUUGUGUCGCAUGUUAAUAUUUCCGACAUACGCGUAUCAGACGGCGGCUUCUAUGCGUGCAUUGCGCGAAGUGACGUCGGCGAGAAGGUGCACGAAGCUCGGAUCAAUAUUCGUGGCCCUCCAACCGUACGUCGUAUGGAAGAUCGCUACAUAGUCGCCGGAGAGACUGUCCGAAUACAAUGUCCGUAUUCAGGCCAUCCGAUCUCGGAGAUCUUCUGGGAGAAAGAUGGUCGACGACUCCCAACAAAUCGGCGCCAACAAGUUUUUGCUAACGGGACCCUGGUACUUGCUACGGCGGUGAAGAACGGCGAUGAAGGAUUAUAUCGCUGCACAGCAAGAAAUAAGGAUGGAACCGCCGAUUCCGGCACAUUGCGAGUCAAAGUUCAGGUGAAACCCGUUCUUCAGCCCUUCGCCUUCCCGCGAGUAAUUCAGGAAGGGAUGAAGGUUGUCGUAACUUGCUCAGUGGCCGAUGGCGAUGCGCCUUUUGAAGUAACAUGGCUGCGUAAUGGAAGUCCUCUGCCCGAGGACUCGGUGCGGGUCCAAAAGUACUCAGAUGAUUUUGCCACCCUUACAAUCGAGAAGGCUCAGCCCAGGCACAAUGGAGACUAUACUUGUAUUGCUAGAAACGCUUUUGCGCAGGUUAAUUACACGUCGACGUUAACAGUUCAUGUGCCUCCUCGAUGGUCAAUUGAGCCUAAGGACACAGACGUUGUUGUGAGUCGGUCAGCGACUCUCGACUGCCAGGCUGAAGGCUACCCACAUCCGCAGCUGCGUUGGGAGAAAGGAACGGGGCAAGGUAAUUAUGAGCCCGUUACAACAAGUUACCAUUAUCAAAUCUAUGAGAAUGGAUCGUUGACGAUACAGGAUGUAACGAAGAACGACGCAGGGUUUUAUCUUUGCCAGGCGACUAACGAUGUCGGUCCAGGGCUUAGCUCUGUGAUCUCGCUUAACGUUCACAUUGCACCGGAAUUCAAAACCAAAUUCCAUACAAAAAUGGUCCGUAAAGAUGAAGACGUGAAACUAACCUGCGAAGUAAAGGGCGACCAGCCGAUUCAAAUCCAAUGGCAUAAAGACAAGCUACCCCUGUUAGGUCUUGCCUCUACUGAAAAUGCAGGUCUGGCAGUGGCCAAAGUCCGGGAUGUGCCUAUCACCGAUGGAACAAAGUCUGAGCUGACGUUAAGCCGUGUCGGACGCAAAGAUUCAGCACUGUAUUCCUGUGUAGCUACUAAUAAAUAUGGCACAGACGAUACGAACAUUCAGCUCGUUGUGCAGGAACCGCCUGACCCUCCGCGUAGCGUGCGGAUUAUUGAGUCUAGCUCAAGACGCGCUCGAGUUCAGUGGGACCCGCCUUUCAGUGGAAACAGCCUCAUCAAUCAGUACCGCAUUCAAAUAAUGGAGACGACACGAUCAUCUGGUGUGCAUUUAACGUCGCCUCAUAACAUGACCGUUACAUCAACUGAGACUCAAUCUCCUAUCAAGAACUUGCGCCCGUCGUCAUCGUACGAAUUGGUCAUAAUUGCUGAAAAUGGUGUUGGGGAAUCACUGCCUAGCGUCAAGGUGCCCUUUCAAACCGAGGGCGAAGUUCCCGAGGGUCCCCCGGAACAAAUUAGCGUUGAGCCAACAUCUUCGACUUCGUUACGAGUCUCAUGGAUGCCUCCCCCGGUGCAUAUGCACAAUGGCGAUAUCCUUGGUUAUUAUGUUGGUUACAACUCAUCCGGUGAGAAAAUUCAAUACAAAACGGUUGACGUUAAGUCUUCCAGUCAACCGCGUACCGAAACUGAGCUUAAAGGACUUCAUAAGUGGACAAGAUAUUCAGUUAGCAUACAGGCCUACAAUAAGAAAGGCGCCGGCCCACGCUCAGACCCUAUUGUCAAGCUAACAAUGGAGGAUGUACCAAGCCGACCUCCUCGAAAGGUCGCUUGUGAGGCUAAAUCGUCUAGUAAAGUCAGAGUGACUUGGAGUCCUCCGCCACAUAAUGCAUUGCAUGGCCAUCUCGAAGGGUUCAAGAUUCGGUAUCGAAAGACUGAAUCCCAUGAAGACGAGGACGACGAGCCUAUUCUCGAGAUAGUGAUCAAAUCUGGCGAACAACAAGACUACAACCUUGACAGCUUGGCCAAAUUUGCCAACUACUCCAUCCAGUUAUUGGCUCGAACGCGAAAGGGUGAUGGAAUUGAAAGUGACCCUGUCUAUUGUAAAACAUUAGAGGAUGUUCCCGGACCGCCUGGAGACAUCAAGGCGCUUCCGUAUCGUAAGCAGGCCAUCCUCGUCAGCUGGAAGCUCCCCGAGGAGUGUAACGGAGUCAUCACCACGUAUACGCUCUACCAGCGAAGCGUAGGCAGCACCGACAAGCCGAACGGAAGCCAUAAUAUGAGCAAACAUCAGGUCGCUGCUUCCCAACGAUACUUUGAGGCCACUGGCCUUGAGCUUAACCGUCGUUACGAGUUUUGGGUGAGCGCUUCGACACAGAUAGGUGAAGGCGAAUCCACCCGAGUGAUGUCUCAGUCAACAAGCGACACUAUUCCCGCCCGAAUAGCGUCUUUCUCGGAGCGGGUCUUCCUAGCCAAAGGUUCUUCGAUGACACUUAACUGCCUCAGCGUCGGUGUUCCACCGGGCUCGAAUGUCUGGAAUUUUCGCGGGGAAAAACUUGACAAAAACAAGAAUCGAUUCCAGCUUCUCAGCAAUGGCUCGGUACUGCUUAGCGAGAUCAGCGAUGAGCAUACCGGAAAUUACACUUGCCGAGUGGAAAAUCGACAUGGCUCGGAUGAGAUUAACUAUCAAGUUCAAAUUAAAGGCUUACUUCCAGCACCGUCCGCCGUUUCUGUAGUGUCAGCGUCCACCUCUGAGCUCCGGAUUAGAUGGGAUCUACCCCGAAAGUAUAUGAACGCCAUGUUUAAACUAAUACUUCACUACCGAAGAAAGUUUGGCGGUCAGUGGGAAGAAGUAGAAGUUUCAUCCAAGCAGGACUGGUACCUUCUCGAGGGCCUCCAGUGCGGCACUAAAUACCAGGUGUACCUGGUCGGUACGAGACGGUCGGGAGCCGUUGGAGAGGCCAGCGAUAUCAUCACUGGCCAGACAGAAGGUGGAGUACCAGCUGCACCGCUUCAGGACGACUUUGCAACGCCCAGCAACAGCUCAAUAACACUCGAUCUCGGUACCUGGAGCGAUGGUGGAUGUCCGAUGCGCGCUUAUGUUAUCAACUAUCGAAAGCAGCAAGCGUCCAAUGAACGCGGAGAAUGGAUUCAAGUGCAGUACAACCAGGCUCAAGACCGCGUUGUGAUAACCGGCCUCAGUCCAGCGACAUGGUACGAGAUAAAGGUGGCCGCAUCAAAUGACGCCGGAAGCCAGGUACACAUCUACGCUGUGGCUACCCGCACUAUCGCAGGUGGAACUAUCGCGCCGGCGUUAGCCAACAGUUUCGAUGACGGAUACGCGACGAACUCAAUUCUCGAAGAGGUGCAAAUCGUCGUGCCCGUCAUUGUGGCAGUGUUUGCGCUCACCGUCAUUUUGACGAUCAGCGGCUACGUUUACGUUCGACGUCGACAGUUAAUGUUUCUCCAGGACAGCCAACAGAGUCCGCUGGGUAAUGGCAGCGGCCUCUAUGAACGGACGCGAGCGCCGUCUACCGGCGACACGCAGAAAAAGUUUAUUGAGUCAUGCGAUACACUAUUUAGUGGAGGCAGCCCCCGACAUAUUAACAAUUUUUCAUCAACGUAUCAGGUCCCUGCGAAGCUUGCUACGCCUGUAUCGAUGCAGUCGCAGCAUUGUACGCUGGUCCGUAAUCCGGAUGCACGAUUACAAUAUUAUGAGGAUGACAUUGUCACGCCGUACGCGACGUUCCGAGUCGCCGGGAGUCAGGACUCAGACGUGUGCGCACGACGCGAGAGCGCCAUCGCAGGCACGCUCGGCCAUAGCGGUCAGAGUGCCCAUCAGACGCUCCAGAUGCACGCCAUGCAUCCCGGAGCCGUUCAUAAUCACCACACACUAGGCCACCCAGGGCAUAGAGGCGGCGGUAGUGGUAGCGGUCCAGGCGGCAACCCGGGCGGUGGGCCUCAGGGCCAGGUCAACGGCACAGGACCGAACGGAGUGGGACCCCCAGGGACCGAGCGGGAGCGACUCGACUCUGCGCAACUAUUCGACGAACUCCAAAAUCCAUACCAAGAACUCUGUCCACGAAACAAGAUUUUAGUAUGUCAAACUUAUGACGGAGCGAAUUGGAUGAACUCGACCCCCUUCCGGAUCCAACGGGCACCGAAUCUACAGAGUUCUGAGGCGAGUGAAGAUUCAUCUAGUGAAUGGUCGUCUUCCAUAGCUAGCUCGUAUCGUCAAGGGUGCUCGAACGGAGUCUCAUCGCUCGAGCGACGCAAGAACAGCGCAAGCUUGACGCGAGAUCUCAUGCCGAUGUCUGCGGCGAGUGCUUACGCGACCGUAGCCAGACGCAAAGGAUCGACACCCGGCCGUUGUAAUCAUAUUAGAUGUGCAGGUGACGAGUGUUUUGGAGGAGGCGGUACAACCGUCACUGAACGAUUGCCAUCAAAAGCCAGCGUCUGUUUUCCGUUAUCGCCUCAAGAGGAACUGACCGUUAUGCUCAACCAGAAUACUCUAACAGGCAGCGCCUUCAAGACGCCUCAGCCCACGGCGCGGACCAGCAAACACCUCAAUGGCAUGGGCAACAACGGCGGCAGCUAAAACAAACUUCAAUAUUAAAUUGAUCAAAUAGACAAAACGGAAAAAAAAAAUAAACGAUUCCUUUUGUGAAGUGCGCUGUAAGUGUGGCCUUUCGAUCAAAUAGGCCCGUCCGCUGAUGCCGGAGGUCUUUUGCUACUUUUAUUAUUACUAACUGUAGCACAACAAUGGCGAGGAAGGGGGCGUGACUCAUCGAUGUCGAUUAGUUUGCAGAUUUAAUCAUGUACGCGUUAUUAUUAUUAUACCGGCUAAGUAUAUGUAUCAUCGGAACAGGUGUCUAAGCUCGAACACGGAAUCGCUGAUUAGCAACACCGCCGAAUUAGACUGUGGAUUGGGCCGCUGCACACAUUUGUAUAUAUCGAUAACAUAUACAUGAAAAGUGUUGUUUAGAAAAGAAGAGACGUAAGAAAGGUACAGGAAAUUACAAUGGUGGCCGUGAUUAGCCUAACAAUGAUUCGUGCGUAUGAUCCGCCUCGAAUAUUUGUGAGAUAGUGAAUGCUCGUAUAUGACUCCGCCGGACGUUGCACGUCGAGGAGAGUGAAGAUUUGGAUAAAACCGAGCCUAACUGAAACACAGCACGAUAAACUUCAUGUCUCGCGUCGUGCAACGUCCAUCGUGUAUAUGUAGCUUAGGUUAUUGAAUGCAUAAAGCAAACAGCGUAGGCAGCGGUUGCCAUAGGCCAAUUUAAUGGUGUGACUAACUUUCAAAUUUGCGCGCCACUGCAAUACGGAUGUAUGAUACUAGCUAAAGAUGUGAGCCUCGUUACAGGGGCUCGAAUGACAUAGAACGAAAGCAGAUGUCUUCGUCCUGGGUGAAUACGCUGUUUGUCGGACUUGGAUAAGGUAACAAUAGUACUAAAAUUCGUCAAUCUGAACAUACAUAUACAAUGUUUUUUUUUUUUUUACUUUUAUUGCCUUUCGUUAACUAGAAGAUAAAAGCAACGAGACAGACGAGCUACGCCCAGACCCUAAUGAUACAGUUAAAAAUAGGAUAUUAUAAUAAAAAACAUAUAAACGUACAGACAUCCGUGUAAAUAGGAACCCCAAUUUCCUGAUGUUAUACGAUGCGGGGAUUGUUAAAGAAAUGUUCGUGUGGAGAUAACGCGCGGACUUGUAAUUAAGUCAAGAUUGUGUUAAGAUAGCUGGCUAAAUGUACGGAAGAGAAAGGGCCCUCAGCUGUGCAAUAACAAAAUAUGAGGUGAUGCGCGGUGUUAAACACAUCUAGUGCGAGUGUAUUAACGAGAUAAAUUCAUUACCAAACACCUCAGUAAGCUACGAGCUGGUGGACGAAAAGCAAUAGUAGGCAAAAUAGCAAGGUCGGCGGGGAUGGCCUCACGAAUAGUCUUAGCGAUCGACUACCAUACCACAUCUAUCUAAUUAAGAAGUAUUGUAAGCCACAGAUAUUUCUGUCUUUCAAUACUGGCCCCUUCUUAACAUCGAUGAUCACAUACAGUCAGCCGAUAGUGACAGGUGUCGAUUUAGAUAUGACUAACGCGUUAUCAGGAUCUAGAUGUACACGAAUGUCGUAUCAGGAAAUUUCACGCUACAAAAAUCGUUCAAGAACACAUGGAAUGGAAACAUAACAAAAUUAAUCCUCUGAAAAAUAUGUUAUACAUUCAGAACUUGCCGACUCGUUUAGACGGCGAAGGGUGGUACGAAUUAAACGUUGGUUUCCUUUCGUUGAUUUGAGUAUCGCUGCACUGCAUAUGGUCUUUCUAAGGCUACAUGGGUUAAUGGCGUCAUUAGGUAGGUAGGUUUUAGCCGAUCAAGUUCGCAGGUCCGCACAGUGGGAGUGUAGAGACAGGUGAAAACGUGCAAUUUAAACAGACCGAGUGAACAGCUGUCACUCCCUAAAUCUGCUAUCGAUAUACUUGUAAGCGGUGUAGCGGGUUAAUUGUAGUGUGGAUUAGCCCAUAUUAGAUGACGUGGCCUUGUCGCUGCCCUGAAGGUGGUCGUCUAAAAUUCUUUACCCCGUUCAUUGUUAGGUUGUUGCAGACAAACACGGCGGACUUUAAAAUUGACUGACUUUUGAACUACGUGCUGUCAGCAAACGAAAUAUGGAUUGUAAAUGCUCCAUCCUUCUAGAAAAUUGUGAGUUCACUUCGGCAGAAAUUUACUCAGAAGAGAAAACGUUUUUCAUUUCCGAAAAUCAACGUUCACUAGUCAAAAGUGCAUUGCCGUAAUGGAGAAGGCUCUUCACGAAAGCAGAGCUUGGAAGCUGAAGAUCCUAUCGACCAGAACUGCGGCUUCACGUAGGCGUAACGUGGCGCAGAACUUUAACUCAAAUACUGAAAAUGCAGAAACUGAGCAACCAAUGAAUUCCCGUGAAUUGAUUCCAGGUAAGUAGAAAAUAGUUUAUUCCACGUGCAAUUUGCAGUACCAACAAAAAUCCCGCUUGGAGUACGCGGUGGCCACAGACGAGGCGUACUUCGAGCUCUAUCAACAACCGGAGAGGCACCGGGCGAAAGAAUGGCGUCACCCCGGAAAGAAAUUGAAUUCGGUAGCAGUGUUGAGCGGGUUUGGACAUAAGGUGGCGGCAGUAUGUGCCAUGGACAUCAGAGGCAUCGGUUUCUUUAAUGAGUCUCAUGGACCGUUGGCACAGCAAUCGAAAGCACCCAGUCUGAUUACUUAAUGACAACGCCAGACCUAAUUGCCAUGCCUCAAUGAUUUCCUGGAUUGAGCGAAGAAAUAUCCAACGUGGACUUCAACUCGCUUACUUCCCGGAUUUAGUCUGUAUAAUUACAGGGGGCUUUCCAUAUCCUAAAAAGGACAACUAAUGGACAAGCAUACCCCAGUAUCGAUUUACUUCCAAAAGUCCUAGAUGGAGAAAUUACAUCUAGGGAUGCGAAUGGUAAAUAUAUGGCUAUUCAGAAGCUGUGAAACAACUGAAGGACAGUACCUCUGUUGCAAAUUCAGAAACUAUCAUUCCAACUUAGCUAGUCCAAAAGUUGUUCAGUUUCAAAGUCCGUCAAACUCGUCUGCCUGAUACAAUGCUGAGACUAUCCAUGAACCAUUCUUCGUUCCUUUUGAGACAAUUAGUGACAGUAAAUAUAAAUAAUAAUUGUAAUAAUGUUACUGUUAGCAAUAAUAAUGAAAUUAUUAUAUCUAUCAUCAUUUUUAUGCCGUCUCCGUCGAUCAACCCAGAAAAAUUCGCGCGCAACCGCUACGACAACAGACAGCAAAGCGGGAGGGACCAUUGAGUUCUUAUGAUAAUUUUCCGUUAAAAUGAAGUUCGUUCGUAGCUUAGCAAGCAAACCGAACAGAUAAGAAUAGUAGCGGCAGUGACUAUAAUGGUGAUAGUAAUAAGUAAGUUAAUUUCGAUUACAUCAAGUCGAAAGGGUAAAACAAAUAGGGGAUGAGUAAGAUUAUUUUAAGCUGAGCGUCCUCCGAUCGCUAGUAAUUCAAGCGUCAUGUAAAUAUCGAAGACAAAAAUCAGCGAAAGCAGCUACAAGGACAGUUAUGGCUGCAGCCUUAUGAGGGAGCGGCUGGCGCGUACCGUCUUAAUAACGGAAUGGCACGUCACUAGUAUCUGAAAAAGCUGGCAGAUAUGGCGGAGAUGUUAGCCGAUUGUUCGUUUAACUGAGGUACCGAUUGUAUAGGUUGGACGAAGACAAAAUUUUGUCAAAUUAGGUGGGUAGUGAGGCACAAUUAUGAUGUGGUUCAAUAAUAACGACGAGCUUCGACUGCCACCAUUGUUGGUUGACUCAACAACUAGAACUGGCCCUACUAAAUUUUGGAGCGCUUCUGCUUGGCCGGAUCUCGUAUGUAUAAACGAUUGUUCGAGAAGUAAACAACCUAAUGAAUCAUUAUUUCUGCAUAAAAUAAAUUUGAAAGAAAUACUGUUGUCUUAUACGAUGAUAAUAAUAAUAAUAAUAACAAUAAGUAGAGAAAAAUGAAUCAAAUAAGAGCGCACGAGCAGGAACAUUUACUGUAGAUGUAAAUAAACAGCCUGUUCGUUCGAUAAAGACGCGAAGUAUGUCGUUCAAAAGAAAAAUCAGCGCAAAAAAACGCGAAAAACAAAGCUUUAGGUGAACGUAACGAACCUCGUCGAGAUCUCUAUUGUACGCAUAUCUGUGUACAUUAACACAGAACUCGCGCCAAAAACCACAUAACUAGUUUAUCUUGGGCUGCGGAAGUGGGCAAAUUGGGCCGAAAAAACGGGAGGGUGACCUAUGGAAUUCUUUGUGUCUAACUAACUGAAUUCAGAAAGCAAACUAUGAAAUAAAAUCAAAAAAAGCGCAUUAUACGUAGCUACUGUCGGAAAGGUGUCUAAUAAUAAUGAAGUGUUGUUAAACACAAUGACUCAAGCAAAACAUAACGACCGGGAUUUUGAAUGGUUGAUCGGGACACCGUCGCAGAGGCGCUGUCGGGGGUUUGUGUUAAAAUAAUUAGUCUGUGUUGAUUAGGCGUUGGGGCAGGCGUCACCCGAUGCCUUAGUCAUAACAACAACAACAACAACAACGUGUAUAGAUAAGAUUGUGCUACUAAUUAGAUAUAAUGACCUUUAACAGUAGAUGAAUGGGUGAUAGUUCCGACGAAGCUGAUUAUAUGUAAGAGAGAAUAUACAAUUCUGAUGGGCCAUUGCAUAGUGAUGAGGUAUCACCCCGAUGAUGAAUGACAUGUUGAAGAUUAAAUAGACGAGAAUGAGAAUCGAAGAAGAAAUAAAGUUUAA